AGGCAUUGGUUUAAAUGGUUUUCAUGCUAUGCACAUGCAGCUAUGCAAUUUUGUGUGCGAUGGCCCUUAUCGCUUCUUAGCAACAAAAAAGUUGACACUCAUCAUGUAUGUACUGUAUACAUACAUACGUAUCGUUGACUUGUUUUCGCGGAAACCCGUACGCCUUGCCGUUGGCAUGGAGUCGUCAACGAUUUUUAGAAAUUACGUUUAACCGUUCGAGUGCAGGCAAUGACUUGACACGAACUUUACAUUCUUCGAAUUUAUCUUGCCUAAAAAGAGACAGUGCAGAUCUGUGCAAAAAGGAGAUGGCAUCUCGCGAACGACCCAGUAUUUUAGAUCAUCUCGAAUUCAACGAGAUAAUAAACGAACUAGAGGGAAAGGAAGAGACAUCAGUCUGGAUCAUUGAUAUCAGAGAACCAUCCGAGAUAAACGAGAUCUCUUAUACACCAGAAAGCAUUAAUAUACCACUGGAUGUGCUUGUGAAAGUAUUGAAAGAGAUGUCGGUAGAAGACUUUAUGAAUACAUAUAAGAAACCAAAGCCGUCUGCUUCCGAUGAAAUCAUACUUGUCUGCGCAUCUGGCCGGAAAAGUAAAUGUGCGCUGAACGAAGUGAAGAAAUUGAAUUACAAAAAUGUACGCAGACUUGCUGGCGGCUGGUCAAAAUGGUAUGACGAAAGAAUAACGGAAGAAACAAGAGAAAUAGCAAAAAAGAAAGCCAGAGAGAAACCUGAGACCAUUCUCGAACACUUGAAGAGCAAAAUGCCAAAGUGCAAGUGAACUACUGGAUGGCCGCUCUCAGGUUUCUCUCUGUCGCAACAAAGGCAGGAAAUGAAAAAUAGAAAAGUAAAAGUAAUUGAACACAAAGAGGAAGUUACUUUACCAUUGCGAUGUUAUUAAUAGAAUAUUUUCACCGUUGCACUGACUUUAUAUAUAAUUUUGAAACGGUCUUAUGUGCAAAUAAUAAAAAGUAAAGAUUCAUUUUGAUGCAUUGGUUAGACACUUUCCGAUUGCUGUUGCCAAAAUUGUUUUAUAGAAAAUAAGGAAACAUUACUAUUUAUCCAAAUGUACAUUGAUAUUUUCUAUACACAUCAUCUUCGUACACCUAGUGAAAUCUUAAGUUUAUACAAUAUGUAUAUACACAAGCACACACAAUGACACAAGAAACUGUAUCAACGUUACACACGAUAAAGUUAGCAAUUCUUCUCCUGC